CCUCCCCUGGGGAGCAGCAGGGGGGCGGGGCUUCAGUGAUGUAAACACAGAUAAACAGUGCCCCACUGCCGGGGAGAGUCAAACCGGUUUACACUUUCACUACAACACGUGUUGCUGCUGCAGCUGCUGGGAUUUACCUCUGCCUACUGACUCGGAGCUGCUUUAAACACUACAGGCUCACCGGCUCUGGAUUUAAACUGCACUACAUCUCUGAUUUUAGUUUAUUUUCUUUGUUUGUUCUCUAGAUUCUGCAAGCAAACAUGUUGCAGAGCUUCUCCCAGUCGCAGGACUGGCUUUACACAGAGCCGCUGCUGUUUGACGACGAGUUCUGCCAGAGUUUGAUGAAAGACCUCCAGUCGCUGCCGACGCCCCCCCAGUCCCCACCGAUGAAGACCGGGCUGGGCGGCAGCAAGCCCCUCUCCAAGGAGGACCAGCUGAGCUACGUCUCCGACAUCCUGCUGGAGGACCACGACAUGCAGCUCAACUGGAACUGCGACUUCUUCCAAUCGGCCGGCGCCGAGAAGGACUGCGAGCCCUGCCAGCCCUGCUCGCCGCUGGAGGAGAGCGGCGAGGACUGCUUGUGGCAGUGCCUGGCCGGAGACAAGAGCCUGGAGGAGAAGCUGGUCUCCACCAUGCUGGGCUCCAGCCCGCUGCUGUCAGACAUCAACACCAGCAUCUUUGAGGAGAUCGCCGGCUCCACGCUGGACUGCCAGAACCUGAUGGAAACCCAGGAGCCCAGCGAGGCCACGUCGGACUACGGGUCCACCGGUGGCGAGUUGUCCACCUACUCAUCCAGCGACUCCGAGGAGGAGAUCGAUGUGGUCACCGUGGUGCGAUGCUCCUCUAGCCCUCGGCCCUCAUUGGCCGACCUCUCUGCCCGCCACAAGAAGCAGGAAGAGGAGCAGCGGACUCUGCAACGCCAACACCACGAGAUCCACCUGCAACACAACUACGCGGCGCCGUGUCCCGCCUCGCCGCUGCCCUCGUCCAACAAGCGCUCGCGAGGGAGCGACGGCUCCUCGCGUUAUUCCCACCACUCCUCUCGCAGCUCUUCGUCGUCCUCCUCCUCCUCCUCCUCGUCGCGGUACCACAGCCACAGCCACCAACACCACAGCCACAACUCGUCCCGGAACUCGACGGAGACGGAGGACGAGGAGGAGCGGCGGCGGACCCACAACGUGAUGGAGCGACAGCGGCGCAACGAGCUGAAGAACUGCUUCGUGCACCUGCGCGACAACGUGCCGGAGCUGUCGAACAACGACAAGGCGUCCAAGGUGGUGAUCCUGAAGAAGGCGCGGGACUGCAUCUACGGCCUGGAGGACGAGGGCCACCGGCUGCAGUCCAAGAGGGACAGGCUCCGAACCAAACAGGAGGAGCUGAAAGCCCGACUUGAGCGGCUUCGAAGCUAGUGGCGGUCCAAGAGAGACUUGUUUUUAGCUGUUUUAAGAGACAACGCUGGGGACGUGUAGGGGGGUGGAUAAGGGAAGAGACUUUGUACAAAGACAAAGAGGGUUGGGCCGGAAGACAAAGGACGGCGUGUCAAUGCUGAAAAGAGCGCACAAAGAUUUGACAUUUCAAGGACUUUCUGGCAACAAUAGAUCUGGACUGUAUAGACUCUCUCUUGCUGCCAUGGACUAAAACAACACACUCAUUGCCUCAGAGUUGAUCAUUCUCAUGCCUUGACUGCUGACUGUUGUAGAGAGUAGGAUGUUUUUUUUGAAAAACGUUGAAAGGAGGGCGGAGAUAGUAGAUUAUUAUAUAUUUUGGCUGAACGCACACUGAAAGAAAAUAUCUCUUUUGUUGAUGUUUCUUUUAUUUCACACCAUUGGGGAUGCCAAAUGGCAGCGACCAAAUAACAGGAAGCCACGUGAGCUCAGUAGUUGAAUGAAACUUGAAUAUUGUGUUUUCAGGAUGUCUUUAUAGCCAUACUAACCAGUGAUCCCUCCACUCUUGACAGGUGUUUGAUGGUGGCUUCAAAGUUAUUUGGUCAACUGCACUUCUUUUCUUUUUUUCUUUUUUUUCCCAAACCCAAUGUUAUUUUAAUAUUGUUUAUCAGGAUAAAAAAAAAAAAGGUUCUUCAGUGUGCUUUCAGCCCUGUUUGGCCUCAGGCGGACCCUUUGGGCCCGACACCACUCUGUUAUCAGGUUAAUGUGUGUCAGGUACAGUUCUGUACAGACCAGGUUCGAUACUGAACACGCAUCAGUGUCCGGUUCCUCGGCUCGGUCCACCUCCAGCUCGGUCACGUCACAGUAUGCGUGUGCGUGUGUUUUUUUUGAAAAAGUACUUUUGUGUAUCUAAAAGUAGUUGUCUGAAACUGUUCAAACUCGAAAGGGUAGCCAUAUUAAACAGAAUUCAGGGUUUUUGAGGAGACUCGAGCUGGAAAGUGGACCGAAACUGUGAGCUGGAGCCACCGUAGCAAAAAAAAUCAGCCAAAGUUGGGACGGAUAAACUUCUGCGUAACGUUUUGAUUCUUACCAGAAAAUGAGAGACGGACCGAUGAUGUCCUGACAUUUUAUUGAACGGUUGUCGUUGGAGGACACCGCAACAGCAGCAGCAGCAAUACUGUGAUAUUGAGUCCCGUUAUCAAGUGCAAAUUAAUUAAAAGUGAGCAAUUUUUUAUCAUUGGACGACCUUUUUAAUGUCGUUGUGAUUCAUUGGUCAGUGGCCCUGUUUUGAUCAAACUUUGGAAACUGAAGAUCUUUCUGAGAUUGACGCUCAACGUUGAGCGUCGUCAAUUUCCUCGGAUUACCAUGAAUAUAUCGUUACUCAAUUAAAAGAUUGAUUAUGCUUUCUAAGCAGAUGUGACACAAGUAUUGUCAGUUUCAGAAUAAGAUUUGAGCCAUGUACAUGUUGCAUGAAAAAGAGCCACUGACCAGGGGAGUUGUUUAGUCAAACUUUGGGCUGCAUUUAACCAAUUUUAAAAUAUCGAUAAUGGGUUUGAAAUGUUGAACUGAAUGCCAUUUUACUCUAAAUAUCAAUUAGUGCCGCUGUUCUCCAUUAAUGUUCAAAUGGCAAGCAUUUGCCGAUUUGUGUCAAAUGUCUUAAAAAAGCAUCCUGUUCUGUGUUUUUUGUUUGAUCGGUGGAGUUCUUCCUGGUUCCGAUGGUGUACUUGAACAGACCCUUGUUGGGAGGAAUAAUGAGAGUUGAGGUGUUUUUAACGGUAAAAAAACCUGUUCUGCCUUGAAAUGCAUCUUGUUCAGGACUUCUUGUUUCCUGUUUGUUAAUGUCGCUGUCCUCUUAAAACCUCAUCUGUUUAUGUUAUUUCUUCUUUAAAGGAAGCUUUAGCUCCUUUUAGGUUUUUUCUUCCAAAUGUCUCCCAAUGUUUUUUAUAUAUUUGUGGAGUUUCACAGUCGUAAAGAGUCCGAGGUUUUAAUGAGACAGCAGGGGUGAUUUUUGUUCUUCGCAUGGAAAAACCUACCUCCACCUGGCUGCAGUCUGGGCUGUUCUUUUUUGAGAAUACUGUACAGAUUUUUGUUUUUUUUGUUUUUUUUUAAGAAAAUGUUAAUAUUUUUGUUAUUGUAUCAUAAAUUAUUUUAGUCAUUUUUUUUUCUUUGUUUAUUUAGAAUUUUGAGCAUUGAAAAGAAAAGUUAUUCUUUACCAAGCAGCACUUUUUUUAAUAUUGAUGUAAUUAAAAAAAAUGAAUGAGA